AUCAUUUAUAGACUACAGCGAUAUAAGGGAUUUUCCCCAAGCGUCCCACAAGAUCAAUGGAUAGCUUUAUGCGUGGAAUAAUAGAAACUUAAAGUUUUACCUAGAGUUCUGAAUUAACAUUAAAGGAAGAACCAUAACUGAAACAUAUUGACUACCUACAAUAGAGAGAAGAAUUAUAAAACUAUUCAAAGGAAGAAGUCAUUUAACAUUAAAACCGAGAUAACUCAAUUUGGGAAGCAUACUAAGCUGUGAAAUUUGAAUUUUGGAAUGAACUGGAUUCUUACGUUAGUAUUGUAUGUUGUAUCAGGAACAUGUCAUGAUACUGGAAUUACUUGGCAGUUAUUAACAAGACCAGUGUAUUUUGGUCAAGAUGUUUUAAUGUCAUGCUAUAGACCAUACUUCAAAGGGGACAUGUAUUUGGCAUGGUUAAAUAAAACCGCAGACUAUAUUGGCAGGGGAAACAUAUCCUUUAACGAGACUAAAUAUGGAAUAAAGCUAUUUUAUACAAACACAGGAAUAAAUUAUACAUUGACAAUCAAAUCAUUUGACAGCGAUGAUGUCAAUACCACUUAUAGAUGUUACAUGGGUUUUGAGAGUUAUUUGGCUGACCUAAAAGAAAUGAAUACCACAUUCUUGUAUCCACCAAGAUCUGAAGAUAUAUCCAUUGUUUACAGAUCUGAAAAGAAGGAAAUGAUACAAGUUGCGAUAUGGAAAGCGUUUCCAAAACCUACAUGCCAUAUUUUUGUUGGAAAUUCAAGGAUAGAAGAAAGUUAUGAAGCCACGUAUGAGAGAGUGUCGGUAUUCUACAAAGUGACAUUUUGUUUCUCCUAUGAAGCUCUAAGCAAAUACUGUGAUAAUGUUCUCUUGAUCACCUGUUUUAUUGGUAAAACUGCAUUUAAUUAUACGCGUGGUAUACCCAUUGAUUGUAAAGAAACAGGAAAAUCACCCCAUGCAACAAGUGAAUGGCUGUUCAUGUUACUUAUAAUACCGGGAAUCAUCGUUCUGCUGACGUUGGUGUUUCUUUUUAAUCGGAGAAAGACGGGUAUACUGUGUUGGAAUGUAGAUGGAAAUAGUUCUGAAAACGUGCCACGCUUGAAUGAAACUUUGCUGGCAAAAACUAGUCUUUUAAACAAUCCUGAUUUAAAAGAAGCAGCCUCGUGAUGGACGAUUGAGAUUUAUAAAUCUUUUUUUGUAAUUUAAAACAUAAAUCCGUAUUUUUUUACAUAGUAUUGGUAUUUUUCCUUCUAGUUUUCGUUGUUCCCCAAUUUCACAUAUAAAUUGUUAACUUAAUUACAUGUAUAUGUUAAAUUUCAACGGGCAUUUUUGUAUAUAAGA